UAGAAAAACAACAAUCUUUGGAAGGAAAAAAAACAUGAUUAUUUUCCUUUGCUUGCUUGUCUGAUUAACUGUGCACAGAAUCCGUUGUGUCCCACCUGGAUCCAGCUAAUGCAGAUGAGGACUGAGGAACAUGUCCCUGUUUCAGUUCAAGGACCUGAAAUCCUCUCAUACCAAACGUGAUUGAGAGUGAAGUUGUUGCAGGGACCGCCAGCUGGUCCCCUUCAGUCCUGGCGUCUUUGAAGGAGAGAGAGCGCCAUCUUGUAAUAAAAGCAUGAGCAGGCAAGAAGAGGCUAAUCAGACUUUUUAACCACACACUGAAGAACAUGGACACAGACAACAAAAUUCCUGUCCUAAGAGAGGGCUUCCUGGUGAAGAGGGGCCACAUAGUUCACAACUGGAAGGCCCGCUGGUUCGUGCUGACGCCCGAUAAGUUGCUGUACUACAAAUAUGAAGGAGGGAAACGGGAUUCAUGUCAGAGAGGGAAAAUCCUGCUGAAGGACUGCCUCAUAACAUGUCCGUUCCUGGAGUAUGAGAAUCGGCCGCUUGCGUUCAAACUCCAGACCAAGCAUGGAGUGGAUCACUUUUUGGAAGCUUGUUCCAGGGAGGAGAGGGAUGAGUGGGCUGCUGACAUCACUGCCGUGGUCAACAACCUGCAGGCGACUGACGGUGGGAAGCCGAUGAGCCAGAAAGAUUCUGCCCAAUCCCGCUUACAAAACAUCAACCUGAGCAAAGUGUUGGACUCCAUGUAUGAUGUCCACAGUGGGAUUAAGUUGAGCAACCAUGUGGAGCAGGGAAGCACUUACAGCAACUGCUUUUCAGGUUCAGCGGUGGUGGACUGGCUGGUGUUCAUGCAGCUCAGUCUGACCCGCGGGGAGGCCGUGACCUUGGCCUCUGCUUUGCUCGAAGAGGGCUUCCUGCGGACCGUCGGCCAGAGGAGCGUGGAGGCCCUUCGCACCGCCGGCCUCAGUGAGCAGUUCAUGGACGACUCCACUGCCCUCUACAGCUUUCCUGACAGCUUCAAAAAAAGAGGCAGCGUGAAGUCAGAGAGGUCGCUGUCUGCAGCGGAGCUCAGUGGCAAAGUCGUAAAAAGGGGAUAUCUGCUGAAACAGGGCCACAGAAGAAAAAACUGGAAGGUGAGACUGUUUGUGCUGCGUUCGGAGCCUGACUUCCUCCAUUAUUAUGACCCCACCAAGGAUGACAUCAGCCCUGUUGGCGGCUUCUCCCUGCGAGGGUGUUUGAUAUCCUCUCUGGAUGAUAAUGGAGUUCCUUCAGGUGUGAAGGGCAACAUUCAAGGCAACUUGUUCAAAAUCAUCACAAAGUCGGACAUUCACUACUUCAUCCAGGCUCCGACUCACCAGGAGAAGAUGGACUGGAUAGAUGCAAUCAGAGAGCACACGUAGAACUGCUGUGUCCAGAAUAUUUAACAUAUCUGCAGGGAUUAACUUUUUUGUAUUUUUCUGUGAAUGAACUCUCACUAUAAGACUAAUAGACACUUUAUACAUAGUCACCAUUCUCUUAUGUUCUUGUGUGAAUAUUUGUAGUUUUUCAGUAGACGUUUCAGAAGCCCUUCAGUGGUAGGAAUUUUUUUUAUACGUUUUUCCUAAUUGUGUUUAGGUUUAACCGUUUGUAAUUCAGUUUAAAUGUUAGCAUUUGGACAAUGCUUCUUAUAUAUAUUUUUAGCAACUGAACAAGUUUGUAAAUUUCAUUUUCUGCUGUUUUGUUCUUUCGACAUUUCAAAAAUAAAGAAAUAAUGUUAUUUAUUCAAUUAGCAGUGUGUUCUGUCAUCUUUAAUCACUGCCGACAAUUUGAUCUAAAGCGAAUUUUAGUUGGUAAUAAGAAAGGCAGCAUAAAUAGGAAACCAGAAAUAAAUAGCUAAUUCAAAAAAAGUUUUAACAAAAUUUAGAUUUGGAGAGUCUACUUAAAAACAUAAAGAAAAAGCAUAUGUACAUGCUAAAAAAAAGCUGAUAAAAAAGAAAUCUGUCAUCUGAAUAUCUUGCAUAAUCUCAUUACGGUUUAAAGAAUAAUUAAUAUCUCUGUCUAACUCCUUUAGCAACCUUUUACAUUUCUCCUUGUAAUUCAUUGAAGAAAACUCUUAUAGACCACUGGAGUUAUCCUUUUUAAAAAAAAAAAAAAAAUCUGUUAGCUUAAAUACAGAAUUAAACUAAAAUUUAAACAUUUUCUCGGCCGCUUUAACUAGGAGACAAGAUUUUAUAUUGGUUUUGCAGUGUAUUGUCUUGUAGGAUCAUUAAACAGACAUUCAAUUCCUUUGUGUUUUAUGUAGCUCCCAAUCGGUUAAAAGAUUUAAUCAGAUCAAUCACACUCCAGGGCUACAAAUAAUCACUUUGGAAGACUGAAAUGUAAACAUGCACAUUUUCAAAAAUUAUAUUUAAAUAAGUGACAUUUUUGCUUCAAACCAAAAUUGCCUGAAGAUUCAUACUGGUAUGAAUGAACGUUUAAGAAAUAUUAAAUAUAGUCUGGCUAUGCCUUGGUGAAAGGAUAAUUCAUUGUUCUUAUAUAUACACUACCUUGGUUUUAUCCAAACUUCCAGGGUGUUUCGUUUUAAAGCAAAACUUGACAGCGAGCACAGCCCUUUGACUAUCCUCGCUAAUCUUUUUGCUCACAUUCGCAACUUUGCAUUGUUGAUCGCAGUACAAGUCUGUGUAGCGUGCCGCUUUGAACCGAGUAACCCUCCGUGAACGAGAGGCUUUCGGGUCAAAAGAGGUAAAGCCAUUAAUCUGUCUUACGUCAUUCUAGCAUGCUGAAACUUUUUAGACUAAUCGUAUGAAUUAACGCCUUAACCUUGACGGCUCCGUUUCCUGCUAGAACGCCUUUUAAAAAGUCUUGUAGAUGAACUUGGGGAAAUUCCUUGAGUCUGACUCAAAAAAAUUUCCUUCAGCAAAAAUGUACAAGCAGGGACAAGAAAAAGAAUCAGCAAGUAUGUGUUGCUAUCGCUAAACUUGUGUCCUCAGGCGCUUCCAGAUGUGACAGACAGACACUCCCACUCGGCAAGCUGAGUCCAGCUUUUGUCAGAGUGACUCAAACGCAGCAGCUCUCGUCUGGCUGGGGCUAGAUCAAAAAGUGGCGCAACACCUGAGUCAUAUCUUGGAUUUGAUGUCAAAUCCAAACUACAGGCCCACAUACAAAGUGCAGCAGAACAAACAAAUAACAAACAGAUUUGAUUUUAUUACGGUGACUUAAGUAUGAAAAUAUGAAACCUUCCAGUGAAGGUGCCAAAACAAAAAAAAUGUUAGCUGAACAAUUCGUGAACGCUUUUUCAAUGUCGAAGGUGAUUUACGUGCGAGUCUCAGUGUACGGUUGUGCUCAGGGUAGCAGCAGUCCAACAUCACUAACUACAUCAAUCAAGGUGAAUGAUGGAAAUAUCCCUCUAGAUGAAAAAAAAAUAAAAAAAUGUUAGAAAAACAUAAACAGUGGUAACAUUCAUGUUGCUAAUUCUGUGUAACUAAAUGGAGCUUGAUCCAGCGGGUCAUUCAUUCUGUUAAAGGACAACUUUUUGCUCUUAUUUAAGGACUGAGUGGUUACAGUCCAUUCAUCUCUGAAAAUCAGAAUGAAAUGGGUCAUUUAAGACAUUAUUCAUAAUAACAGUGUACUUUGAUGGAAAAAGUUGGAAAGGGGAAAACGUUUUACAACGAGGCGAUUAAAGAAAACAAGUUAGUUAGCGAGCAGCAUCCUGAAUAACAGAAAAUCAAGAAUAACAUUGUGGAUUGAUGUUAAACAUGUUGUUUGUGAGGCAAAAUAAAACUUUUCCCACUCAAUGAACAAGUUCUCAGAAGCUGUGGUUCAACUGGUCAUUUCUACCCUAGAUUCUCAUUUCCCUCCCUGCUCUGUCUGGGAUUUCUCCCAUUGAGCUUGAUUUCUCCAAUUGCAGUUUGCUUGUGAGGGGUUGUAGUUCUUCAAUGGCAGCAGAGGAAGUGAACAAAGCCGUUCAGUCCGUGUUGGUCACGCUUCAUGAUUUUGAACCUUCAAGAUUUUCUACUUUCCUCAUUUUUUAGAGAUUUUUAGAUUCGUAACAAAUUUGACCCAUUUUGGUUUUGGAAUCGAAAGCUCCGCAUUCCCAAUACACGUAUAUGGAAGAGAUAGUCUCAUUAGAAUAAGACUAUUUUAAGAUGUUGAAUUUAUAACAAUGACAUUUUAUUCUGAGCAAUUAUGUGUAUGCAUUUUGUUUUCUAAUUUAAAAUUUGCCAGUUAUUGCACAGGAUAGAAAUUCAGUGGCAUAAAUUUGUUGCUUAAAAAGAAGUCUGAUUCUAGAAAAACUAUAGUUCUUCCACAAUUGUAUGGAUUUAAAAGCAAUUUUAAGCUUUUGCUGACAUUUCAAAACGUGCUGCCAUUUUGAAUGCAACUGUUUGGGACAAAAUGAAUCCAAUAUCAACUGAGAGAACUCCAAAUACAGUGCUGAGUCUUUCAGGGCAUGCACUAACAUAGGCUACUUAUACGGUUUUUACACCAUCAAUUCUGUUGUUAUGUCACUGGGCACAAAAUCGCAAUCUUCGCUAUGUUUUCAACUUCAAAAACAAAACAAACUCUAGGAAAUGAAAAGCUUUCAAAGGUUAAUUCCAGAAAAGUCUAAGACAGGUUUCUGAAACCUCUUUUUCUGAAGGGAUAAAAACUAAUGCAGAGUUGUUGACUUGCUUUUCCUGUGGCUUCAAUGGCGCGAACAAAGAGUAGACGUUAGAUCGCGUUCGCAACAAUUCACAACAACUCAAAAGCACAUUCCUCAUUCGAUUUAAGACGCAAGACGACUGCGGCUACGUUCAGUCGGCAUCUUCAAGUCUCCAGUCAGGUAAUCUUAGCGAAGGCACUUUGUCUCAACAUAGGAUUACGAGGCUGGUGCAACUUUGUCGGCGAACUAAAACGGUGAAACAUCCUGAUGACGGCGACUGGAAAAAAGAAGUUCUAAUCUAAUGGCGGUGGGUGUACCGUCCCCCCCUCCCC